AUGGUCGCACUCUCUCCUGCUCUCCACCUGCACUCCACCUGCACAGGGCAGGUGGACCCCUGCCUGGUCACUUGGAUCUCAAACUACCUCACCGACAGACCACAGUACGUCAGGCUGAAGGACAUCACGUCCGACACUGUGGUCAGGAGCACAGGAGACCCACAGGGAACUGUGGUGUCCCUAGGGAUGGAGGUGAUCUGGAGUGCAAAUAACUGCAUUGGAAUCCCUAGUCGCAACGCCACUUUUACCCUCACCAAUGUGGUUCCUCAGAACCCCAAGCUGAACCAGAAUGCCUGGAGGAUCCACGAGUCCCAGCUCACUGAGCUUUUUCUGGAGAAGUGCUCUAAGGCCUACGUGCUGGUCGGUGCCAUUCCUUCUGCAGACAGCUGGAUUGUUAAAAACAAUGUUAAGCGUGUCAACAUCCCAGACUACCUGUGGAAUGCCUACUGCUGUGUGGACAACAACGACAGACCCAUUCAGAGCGGCGCUGCCAGAGCAAGAAACACAGAGGACAACUUGGUGGAGCAGCUCUCUCUGGAUAAACUGGAAACAUUCUUGCAGCAGUUCACUGCACAGCCAGUGGGAGAGUUGUUUUACAACAAUUGCAGAGCAUAAACGCAAUGAUGGCAGUAAAUUUAAGGAUUUUUUAAUUGUACAUUGUUAUUUUACAGCUUUUAAACCAAUGAAUCCUUACUAUUAAAUAUUAAAUAAAUGAAUAAAAAUGAGAAG